AGCAAGCCACGAUAGUGCAAUCACGUUCCUUUACAUCAUCUCUCUUCACUCUCCAAACUUUUAAAACAUGCAGAAAAUUGUACUCAAGUUGGAAGUUCAUGACGAAAGAAUCAAGAAGAAAGCUAUGAAAACUGUAUGUGAAUUUUCAGGAGUUACUUCAUUGGACGUGAGAGAAGAAGGAAAACUUAAGGUGACCGGAGAAUUCAACAAUUUUGAAUUGACAAAGAAACUGAAGAAGAUAUGUAAAGAUGUUGACAUAAUCGAGGUUGGGCCUGAUACAGAGCCAGAGCAAAAUCAGCCAAAACCUGGAGACGAAAACUGGGAUCCUUGUAUCAUCAUGUGAAUUAGAUCUGAUAAUCAAAAGUUUCAUCUUUG